AUGGCUCCUAUUCUGAGAUGGGCAAGACACACAUUUAGAAGGGCUCCAUCCCCCCCCAUGUGUUUCCCGACUACUGGCUUCGACACAGUCAACGGAUCGCAGAUACUCGAAGAGGAGCGAUUUGAGGACUUGAGGAAAGGCCAAUAUUAUCCUGUCAAUAUCGGGGACAUUUUCAGCUCCAAAUAUCAGGUUAUUGGCAAACUGGGGUUCGGUAUUAGCUCUACAGUAUGGCUUGCUCGCGACCUGGAAGGGCAUCAAUAUGUGACGCUCAAGGUGUACACGCGCACUGAGUCAGACAUGGCAGAGUUUCAGGUCUAUAACCUUUUGAAUAAAGGGACGCUAGAUGUGUUCACCAUCCCUCGAGGGGGGGGUGACCAUUGCUGUCUUGUUCAGAAACCCAUGUGGGAAAGCUUUAGGGAUCUGCUCUAUCGCAAUCCCACUCAUAGAUUUACCGAGGAUCUACUCAAAGCUGGCCUCAUGCAGGUUUUCCUUGCCCUUGACUAUCUACAUACCGAAUGCAAGCUGGUUCAUACAGAUAUUAAAGGUGAUAACAUUCUCCAAGAAAUCGAGGAUGAGUCCAUCCUUGAAAAGUUUACCCAGGCUGAAAUGGAGGACCCUUCACCACGCAAGACCAUCAACGGUAUCCCAGUGUAUGCGUCUAGACGAUUUGAGCUGCCAAAUUCAUUUGGCCGGGCCGUUCUCAGCGAUUUUGGUUCAGCAGUGCGAGGGGACGAAAAGAGAAAUCAUGACGCACAGCCGAAUGUUUACAGAUCUCCGGAGGUGAUGUUGAAGACUGAAUGGAGCUACCCAGUGGAUAUAUGGAACGUGGGAACUAUGAUUUGGGAUCUCUUCGAAGGAAAGCAUAUGUUCUAUGGCAACGAUCCCGAUGGGAAAGGGUAUUCUACCCGUGCGCACCUUGCUGAGGUGAUUGGUCUUCUAGGACCGCCGCCGUUAGAUAUGUUAAAGCGCGGACGACGGAGCAAUGAGUUCUUCAAUGAAGAUGGUCAAUGGAAACAAGAUAUCGCAAUACCGAGCCAGAGUCUAGAAACGUCGGAAUCAUUCCUUGAGGGGAGGAACAAAGAGAUGUUCUUAGCAUUCAUGAGGGGAAUGUUACAAUGGAAACCAGAGGAUAGAAAGACGGCCAGAGAGCUUCUCGAGGACCCUUGGCUAAAUGACCGGCUAGACUAGUUUGCCUGCGAC